GCGCCGCGCGUCGGUGUCCCGGAACAGGAGACCGAUGGGGGCGCGGCGCCGUGCGCGAGACGUUCCGGGCCCGCUGGCGUUUGCGGCGCGGAGCGGCGGGGAAGGCUUUGAGCGGCGGACCGGCGGUGCCAGCUCCUGGUGGCAGCAGGGUCCCCCCGACAUCGCCCAGCAGUGACGCCUCCACUGUCCUCCCUCGGGAAACAAGAGCUUGGCCUGCAUCUCUGAGUUUAGUGCUCCAACCUCAGCAUCCUGACCUGGUGCUGCCUUUGGGAGGAUGAAUCAGGACAGUUACUCAAGUGAUCAGCCCACGGGUGAUGAUGACACAUCAGGAUGUCAUGGAGAUUCAUGAAUCAUCCACAGAAGGACCUAGAGGCUGGGUUUGGGGAAAAAGACAUUCAAGUCUCUAUAACAUAUCCUGGGUGCUGGCCAGGACCCACUCGUACUGCUGAAAACCCUUCAGCUUCUCUGGACAAAGCAGGAGCUGGGGAAGUGAGAGGUCCUGUGUGGGUACUGAGGAUGCCACCUCCUCACCCUGCCAACCCUCCCAGCUCCCUGGAAACUACUUCUGAUGUAAACAUUAUAGAGAUACUGCUCAGCACUGCUAAUUUAUCACUUCUGCCAGAUGGGGACAGCUCAAGGAAGAAAUCAGGCGGGGCUUUGCCAGACUGGAGGACCCUUUGGCAGGACUCCUGGCCAUGCUGGAGAGCAGCAGUGAUUGGAAGGGGAAAGGGCAUUCCCUGGGGUAUUGCAUCACCAUGGAGCUGCAGCUUUGGCUAAAAGCACAUCCUGCUGUCCCACAGGUUAGAAAAAGAGAAAGCAAGAGAGCUGGGAGAGAUGAGAGAGCAAUUGAUUGUAACGUUCCUCAGUCUGGCACCAAGCUGAAGAAGCUGCAGGCCCAUGUGCUCGGAAUGCUCUCCCAGUGCCCAGCUAAUCUGCUUGACCCCCUGAUUAGCAUUUACCAGCUCCACACAGCAGACCGGAACUAUUUGCUUGAACAUGUCAGUCAUCUUUAUCUCCAGGGCAAUUACAAAGAGGCAGCCAUACUGAGUAUUAAGCUGAAAUUACAGCCAGAUCAAGAUGUAGAGAAGAUGUGUACCCCACUACUGCUCCAGGAUAAAGCUAACUUGGUGGAAGAAUAUGUGGCAGAAUAUCCCGAGCUCCAAAGGAAGCUCUUGCAGACGCUGGACACGUGGUGUGAGCCCAGCUUCGAUAUCAGAGACAUCACAAGACCAUACCAAGGCCUGUCCAAGUACAAACCUGAAAAAUUUAACUGCAGAAUGCUCAGUAAGCUGGUCUUCAGGCUCCUGGAGAGAUUCAACGUUGACCCAGCUCUCUGCCCUAAUGUCAUAAAUCAGCGGCAUUUGAGAACCCUGAAUUACCUCUUUUACAAGAGAUUUGUUGAGAAAACCAUGACUGAGGAGAAUUGGGCAGACCACAUUCAGAGCACAGUUGGGGAGAACCGGUGGCUCCAGGGACAUCUGGUGCAGUCGCUGCUCCGUCACUGCGACGCGUGUGGGGCGGCGCGCUGGGCACAGCACUGCCGGGUGCCCUCUGAAAUGCUGCCUCAGGCUGUGGCUGAGGAGCUUCAGAAGCUGCACGUCCAGGACAGGGUAGAAGAGGUCAAAAAAGCAGAUAAUUAUGAGGCCAGUAAGAAGAAGGACUAUUACCAGCUUCCUAUUCCACGGGAAAAUAUUCACUUUCUGCAGACAUGGGAGGAGACGCUGCAGUGCUGGGAGAAGGUGCUGCAGCCUGGGCAGGUCGUUGGUGUGGACAUGGAGUGGAAGCCUUCCUUUGGCAUGGUGGGGAAGCCCCGCGUCGCCCUCCUGCAACUUGCACUGAAGGAUGAGGUGUUCCUGUUGGACCUGCCACGGCUCCUCGAGCAAGCUGAGGCUGAGGGGGAAAAGGAGAAGCUUCCCCGUUUCAUCCAGAUGCUCUAUUCAGAUGCAGCCAUCACUAAACUAGGUUAUGGGAUGUCUGGAGACCUCAGCAGCCUUGCAGCCACAUGUUCUGCUUUAAAAGACACAGAGAAGCAAAUGCAAGGUGUGGUGGAUCUUCUUGCAGUGGACAAACAACUGCAGUGGGGGAAGGACAGCCGGAAGGUCGAUGGACUGUCCCCAGAGCGCAGCCACGAGGAGAGAGGGGUCAGGCAGCCAGAGAAGGGACUCAGCCUCCUGGUGCAGCAUGUGCUGGGGAAGCCUCUGGAUAAAACAGAGCAGCUGUCCAACUGGGAGAAGCGGCCGCUCCGGGAGGAGCAGAUCCUCUAUGCAGCCUCAGAUGCCUACUGCUUGCUGGAGAUCUAUGAGAGGCUCUGCAAGGACCCCGAGAGAUUCAGUCUGAGUUCAGACCUGACAGACAGUCUGGUGGGAAAACAGAGCAAAAAACCCAGGGCAAAAAAGCAGCUGAAUAAACAAGAAGCACCAUCACCUUCUGGACAGGAAUGCCAAGGACCCAGAACAGAGCCCUCACGCCCUCCUGCCCCCAUCUCCCCCCAGGAGUUCAGCGUGGUCUGUGACAACAUGCUGCAGGGCCUGGGGCGCUACCUGCGCUGCCUGGGCGUGGAUGUCCGGCUGCUGGACAAUGAGGAUGACCACAGGAAAGCUGCUGAGAUAGCCCGACAGGAAGGAAGAGUCAUUUUGACCUCCGGACUCCCAUAUCAGACUCUGCGCUCCCAGGUGGGAGAAGGAAGGUGUUUCUCUGUGAACUGCUCCGAGAAGGCGAAGGAACAGGCGCUGCAGGUGCUGAAGCACUUCAACGUGCAGGUGUCCCUGGGUGACAUCUUCAGCCGCUGCCAGGUGUGCAAUUGCAACAAGUACCUGAAGGUCUCACGGGAGAGUAUGAAGCAGCUGGUGGAGAGCAGCAGACAAGUGUCAGGGGAGCACAGUGCAGGCUGCCCGGGGAGCCAGAGUUGCAGUGUCACGGGGCCAGUCUGUGACACAGCCCAGCCUGGCUGCACCCCACACAGCGAGCAGGCGGAGGGGACGGAGCAGCGCGGGGCAGCCACGGUGCUGGCAGGGGACACGGUCCUGCAGGUCACUGCCAUCCCCCCCGGGGUGCUGGACAGAGCAGAGCUCACCGACUUCUACUGCUGCACCUGCUGUGGGAAGGUGUUUUGGGAAGGGUCCCAUUUUGGACACAUUGUGUCCCAGUUCCAGGAUGUUCUUGUGGCCUCUAGGGAUGCACAGAGCAUCUAUGAGCUGAGCUGAGCUGAACUGAGCCAAGCUGAGCUGAGCUGAGCUGAGCUGAGAAGCACGGGGGCUCCACAGGGGAACUGGGACUGCUGGGGAACCUCAGCAGAUUUUGGGCCCUGGGUUUCCAGAGAGAGGUUGGAAGUGAGGAGGUAGGAGCUCUCAUUUUGGGAUCCGUCACGGAGAGCACUGUCACAGGUGCACCAGUGGUUUUUGGGCAACAGCCCAAAAAUACAUGGCCUCCAUGAGAUCAUUAAAGCAGAGGUGGCUGAAGAAUGGACCCUUUGCUUUAUUUCUGCUCCUCUCAAAUUACACAUGGCAAGAUGGUGGGAGGGCUCUGCUGAACAAAACCACCACCUCAGCAGUGCCAACCCCACCACACCCACACACCCCAGUGCCCCUCUGCCCACUCACUCGGGGGAGGCAGGAGCUGC